AUGGUGCAGUGCGACGUAUGCGAUGAUUGGUACCAUCUAACCUGUGCAGGAGUUACACCAUCCAUUGAGUUCCGCCCUUGGUCCUGUCCAAAAUGCCAGCCAGCGCUCAGCAUUCACAGCAGUGCGACCGCUUCCAGUAAACGUUCCCGAAAGGUUCAGCUACAGCUGGAGCAAUUGGAGGAAAACCGUAACUUAGAGCUUAAGGCUCUACAGAUCCGCUUGGAAGCAAUCGAAGCCCAGAAACGACUGGUCGAUGCGAAGUACAAACUUUUGCAAUCCACCGUCAACGAUGUGGAUGAAACGAACAACACUCAGAGCCGGGUGAGCAGGAGGAUUAGUCGUCAGCUUACGACUGAUUGGUUGGAAAGCAUAUCCGAUGUCGUUGUAACUCCCGAACGUGCUCCAACCAAUGAUGCAACUUUUCCGACGGUCCCUACAGGCCAGCUGAACGGUCCAACUUCUAACACACCUCCGACUAGUUCAAACCAACCUAUCGCUGGUUCAACUUUCCCCACAACCAGUGGUCGGAGCAUCAGUGAUACUCAUCUACCGACCUGGUUGGUCGUUCCGGAUUCAGCAUCUACCCAAAUUUUUCCCGCUGUUUCGGAAGCCAACUUGGGUCAACGGAUGCAGCAGUUGUCAACCGACAACCAUGGUGGAAAGAGAAGGUCAGCAGUCCAAUUUGCCGAUAAGAUAGCCACGGUAGGAGCUCCCGAACAACAAUAUCAUCGAAAUCCAGCCGGUUUCUUUCCCCAUGGCGAGCAGGUUACACCAAUUCCACGUGCGCCAUCCCAGGACCGUGCGCCUGUGCCUCACCCCCCUCAAGACAAGUAUAAAAGAAACCAACGUCAAGGUAAGACCGUUCCUAAUUCUCUUCGCCUAAAUUCCGAUCAAUGUAAUGAGCCCCAUGAGUCCCUGAUAUCACAGUUGGGACAUUGCCCCCCAAGCGAGUACGCAAAUAUCACCCAACAUAUGAAUAGUUUUUCGCCUACCCCAUCUCAACUAGCAGCACGUCAGGUUAUCGCCCGGGAUCUCCCUAUCUUUUCAGGGGACCCGGAAGAUUGGCCAGUAUUUAUUAGCCAUUAUACUACCUCCACUUUAGCCUGUGGCUACAACCCGGUUGAAAAUUUGACUCGUCUUCAACGUUGCCUCAAAGGAGUAGCACUUGAAUCGGUGCGAAGCAGCUUACUUCUGCCCGAUUUAGUGCCUGAGAUAAUUGACACGCUACGCUUUCGUUUUGGCCGACCUGACCUGAUAAUUAAUGGCCUUUUACAAAAACUUUGGAAUAUUCCUGCCCCCAAAGCUGAAAAAUUAGAAUCCCUGAUAGAAUACGGCACAGCCGUUCAAAAUUACUGCGCUCAUCUGGAAGCAUCUGAUCAAAACGCCCAUCUGUCAAAUCCAUCAUUGCUCGCCGCGUUAGUGAACCGUUUGCCGGUCGAUUACCAAAUGCAGUGGUCAGCAUAUACAGACGACAACAGUGAAGUGAGCUUAAAAGAAUUUGGUGAAUUUAUGAAAAUGUUAAUGAAACGAGCAAGCAAAGUUACUUCUUCGAAAAUAUGUGUUGUACCCAGUCGGCUUGAGGAACGGACUCGGCCAAAGCGAGGAGCUUUACACGCGCAUACCGAGAGCAGUCACCCAGCCAGUAACCACAGAGAGAGGAGAUGUAGCAUGUGCAGCCGGAACCACCAACUGAAGGAAUGCGACGAAUUCAAAGCGCUCACCCUUGAAGGACGCAGGCGAGUCGUGGAGCAAGAAAGACUAUGCCGCAAUUGCCUGAAUUUCCACGGCCACCGACCUUGUCGUUUGAGUGGAUAUUGCAAUGUUAAUGGUUGUACAGUCCGCCACCACCCUCUUCUCCAUUCCAUCGGGGGUCAGCAGAUGCAGAAUAAUGCAGGCGAAUCUUCAGUACGUUCAAACGAUCAUCAGUCCAACUCCAAUGGUCGUGGACCAUCCGCUUUCGAACCCAGUCCGCCCGCCGACAUCCACGUGCAUCGAAGUUUUCCUCAAGUUUGCCUGCUUCGCUUUGUGCCGGUCACAUUACACGGUAAGGGAAAUCUGAAAAUUGACACUUUCGCUUUCCUGGAUGAUGGUUCAUCACUCACGCUUAUCGAAGAAAAACUGGUUGAUGAACUCGGUUUGCAAGGACAACCACGAACACUCUGUUUGAAAUGGACGGGCAAUAAGACGAGAACGGAACAUGGCUCCAAGGUGAUUGAGCUUCAGAUAUCCGGAACCGAUCAACGGCAUCAUAAACUACAAGAUACUCGCACAGUCAAAGAAUUAGCUCUUACCCCACAAACACUAGACUUUGGUACAUUGUCGGCUUCAUUUCGGCAUCUACGAGGACUUCCGAUAGCGAGCUACAGGAAUGCAAUUCCUCGUGUUUUGAUAGGGGUUAACAACCUUCAUUUGACCGUUCCGCUUCGUACAAAAGAAGGUCAGCCGCAAGACCCAAUAGCUACUAAAACAAGGUUGGGAUGGUGUGUCUACGGAGGAACAGGAUAUCAAGAUACAUCUUUGUACGUGCACCGUUGUAGUUGCUCUGGUGAUGAUGCAUUGCACACUGCUGUUCGGAACUAUUUUGCUUUAGAAGACGUGGGGAUAACCGGGACAGCCAUUCUAGAAUCUGAGAACGAUAAACGGGCCAAGAGAAUCCUUGAAGAGCACACAAGUCGCCAAGGUGAUAGAUUCCAAACUGCCUUACUUUGGAAGUCCGAUUAUUAUGAGUUUCCUGACAGCCGUUUUAUGGCUGAAAAACGUUUCGAGUGUUUAGAACGUAAGCUUAAACGAAACCCAAAGAUGAUGGAAAACGUUACUAAGCAAAUAGAAGAAUACCAGAUGAAAGGAUAUGCCCGUCUCGCCACCGAAGGUGAAAUCAGAAACUCAGAUCCUCGGAAAACCUGGUACCUACCACUCGGCGUUGUAGUAAACCCCAAAAAGCCGGAGAAGAUUCGCAUGGUGUGGGACGCAGCUGCUACGGUUAAAGGUGUCUCGUUGAACAGCAUGCUUUUGAAAGGGCCAGAUCAACUAACAACACUACCCUGGGUCCUCUUCCGUUUCCGACAAUAUGCUGUGGCAGUCUCUGGUGAUAUAUCCGAGAUGUUCCACCAAAUCCGUAUUCGUCCCGAAGAUCAGCAAGCUCAGCGUUUUCUCUGGCGGACCAAUCCAAAUAAAGUUUUCGACGUUUUUGUUAUGCAGGUGGCCACUUUCGGUUCAACUUGCUCCCCAGCAUCUGCUCAAUUCAUAAAGAAUAAGAACGCACGAGAGUUUGCGGAUGUCUAUCCUCGAGCUGUUGAAGGAAUCAUCGACUGCCAUUACGUGGACGACCACGUCGAUAGCUUUGGGACAGAGGAAGAAGCUCAACGAGUUGCUCGAGAAGUCAAGGCCAUUCACGCGCGAGGAGGCUUCAACAUUCGUGGUUGGAGAUCCAAUAGCGUGAAAAUACUCCAAGGACUUGGAGAGGCAACAGAUCCUAAUCCCAAAGAACUAAACACACAGCACGGCAUCAUCGAGAGGGUUCUUGGAAUGCACUGGCUUCCCAAUGAAGAUACUCUGGCAUAUUCCACCAACUUUCAGCCACAAAUAAACGACAUUAUUUCAAACAGAAUGCGGCCAACGAAACGACAAGUACUGAAGUGCUUAAUGAGUGUAUUCGACCCUCUCGGUCUUCUAGCGGCCUUUGUCGUUCAAGGCAAAAUACUUCUCCAAGAUAUUUGGAGAGCCGGUACUCAAUGGGAUGAAGAAAUCAACGACCAAGUAUUCGAAAAAUGGACAAGAUGGAUAGAUCAGUUCCCACUUAUAGCAGACCUCCAGGUUCCAAGAUGCUACUAUCUAGAUGCUACUGAAACACUCUACAAUAAUCUUGAACUGCAUAUAUUUGCCGAUGCAAGCGAAGAUGCUUACGCAGCCGUAGCGUAUUUUCGUAUUUCCAUCAAUAGCAAGGAAUAUAAGUGCACUUUAGUUGCGUCAAAGACGAAGGUAGCUCCUCUACGACAUUGGUCGAUUCCCCGGCUUGAACUCCAAGCUGCUGUAUUAGCUGCGCGACUAGAAACGUUUAUUAAAGAAGGCCAUACAUUGCAAAUACAUCGUACGGUAUUUUGGUCGGAUUCGAGUACAGUACUAGCCUGGAUACGCUCGGACCAUCGAAGAUAUUCGUCGUUUGUGGCAUGUCGAGUAUCUGAAAUAUUAUCUACCACUUCUAUCGCUGAUUGGCGAUGGAUCUCAACGAAGAUGAACGUUGCUGACCUGGCCACAAAAUGGGGACAAGGUGGCCAACUGGAUGUGGAUGGUCCAUGGUUCAACGGACCGGAAUUCUUGAAAGAGGAAGAGGCAGAGUGGCCGCGUCCCAAGUCAAUACAACCAACUGUAGAAGAACAAAAAAUGUGUGGGGUCCAUCAAAGCCUAGAAAUUCCAGAUCCGCUGGUUGAUGUAUCCAGAUUUUCUAAGUGGGAGAGACUGACCAGAGCAAUGGCCUACGUAUUCCGAUAUUUCAACAACUGCAAGAAAACACGUUGCAAGAUCAGUAGUUUGUAUCCCACGCAAUCCGAGUUGAGGCUUGCCGAAGAUUACCUUUUCCGAAUGGUUCAACGAGAAGCUUUUCCAGACGAAGUUCACCAACUACUGGCACAAAUCAGCGAGCCGAAUAAGAAACAGGUCACCGUAGGAAAAGGCAGCAAACUGUAUAAGUUGUCACCUUACCUGGACGAGCACCAAGUUCUGCGAGUCGACGGGCGGAUUGGAGCGGCGGUUAAUGUGGACAACUGCAUCAAGUAUCCAGUGAUUCUCGCGAAACAACACCGUGUCAGCGAUUUGAUCAUCGAUUUUUAUCACCGUAAGUUCCAUCACGCUAAUUUCGAGACCGUGGUGAACGAAUUACGUCAGGUUUACCAUAUCCCACAAAUACGAUCCCGUGUGAAGCAGAUCGUGAAGCGUUGUCAGUACUGUAAAAUCAACAACGCUCGACCUCAAAUUCCAAGGAUGGCUCCUUUACCAGCGGCGAGGUUAGCAACGUGCACACGACCAUUCACUUUCGUUGGGUUGGAUUUGUUUGGUCCACUCCAGGUUAAAGUGGGUAGGAGCUCGGUUAAACGCUGGAUCGCGCUCUUCACCUGUUUAACAGUGCGCGCUGUCCACGUCGAAGUAGUAUUCAACCUAAGUACGGAGUCGUGUAUUAUGGCGGUUCGGAGGUUUGUUGGUAGGCGAGGAUCACCACUAGAAUUCUAUUCAGACAACGGCACCAACUUCCGGGGAGCCGAUAACGUGCUGCAGCAACAAGUGUCCAACAUCGAAGAAGGGCUGGCAUCUACGUUCACCAAUACUGCAACGAAAUGGGUGUUUAUACCACCCGGCACACCACACAUGGGCGGCGCUUGGGAGCGCAUGGUUCGUUCGGUGAAGAAGGCGAUGGAGACGAGCGUGAGCGCGUGUCGAAAACUGAGCGAUGAGGGUCUGUGGACUCUAGCAGUCGAGGCUGAAGGAAUAGUGAAUUCCAGACCGCUUACGUACCUCCCGAUUGAGGCAGCGGAACAAGAAGCUCUUACUCCUAACCAUCUGUUAAUCGGAAGCUCCAACGGUAUCAAGCAGCCGACUGUGGAGCAGGUAGACGAAAAAUUGGCGCUGAAAAAUACUUGGCACCAAAUACAAACUCAAGCGGACACUUUCUGGCGUCGAUGGAUUCGUGAAUACUUGCCGGAUUUGACUCGGCGUACAAAAUGGCAGAGUGAAACUCGACCGAUUUGCGUAGGAGACUUGGUGAUCAUUGUGGAUGAGGCUAGAAGAAAUGGUUGGGUCCGCGGACGUGUUAAUGAGGUAAUUCCAGGGCAAGAUGGGCGUGUAAGAAAGGCGAUUGUUCAAACUCAUAGGGGGCUCACUAGGCAAUCGGUCUCCAAGCUAGCUGUACUUGACGUUGGGGGUGAGGUCUCAAAGUUAGCUGUAUUUGAAGUUGCGACUAAGGGUAACCCGGGAUCAUCCUGACCAGUGUUACGGGGGGGAGGCUGUUGGCAACUGGGAGCACUGCCAACUUUGAAGCGGCGCGACAUUUUCGACGCCAAAUACUAAACUGCAGUUCAGCGGCCAGCCGCGACGCUUUCCCGUUUGACAGCUACGAGUUCCGGGAAAAAACUUACACCACCCAUUCAAGAAGAGUCAAACAGAUAGCUUUAUUUCUAUUCUUCGUGAUUAAAACUAUAUCUACCUAUUUAAACUACAAUUGAAAAAAACUACCUAACCUAAGCUAAAACUAUUGCCGAACCAAGUGCAGUGAAACAAACGAACGAUAACCAGACAGUGGCACGUAAACAGGUUUGUGAAUCCUGCCCUACACGAAAUGUUGUGUUGUGCUAACCUCAAUUUUUCUACGCAUCACUAGCUAGUUUUCAGUGAGACCUUUUCGGAUUCAUCCGGCCCAGUGUAGAGCAUAGUACUGUGCUAAACAACAACGUGUUCCAUCCAGCGCUUUCUAGCUCGACUAUUGUUCCGGCUCUUCCAGCCUAGUUCAUAGAACUUAGCCUUCUCAAGCCGCAUCCGAGUAACAGCUCGUGAAUCGUUUCGGCUCAUCCAGCCAAGUUUAUCGAACUUAGCCUUCUCAAGCCGCGUCCGAGUAACAGCUCGUGAAUAGUUCCGGCUCCUCCAGCCAAGUUCCGAGAACUUUGCUCUAUCAAGCCGUGUAACACUAUCAGGUUAGCAAUUCCCGCUGCAUGCAAAAACGGUUCAUGCUAACGCUUUCUUUCAUUAGCAGCCUUGGUCAGCUUUGCCUAGAAUCGUUCCGGUUGUAGGGAAAUCGACUCGAAACACUGAUUUUGUAAGUCAAAUUACUAUAAAACUAAAAUUAUGUCAUCUAACCAAAACUCAAUAAAUUACAGCUUGAAGCUGCUUUGCUAUCAAGACCGGUGUCCUUUUCCC